AUGGAAGAGCGACUAGAGUAUGAAAGGGAAAAAUCUUCGUCUUCGCGGUCUUCACAUUCCACCUGUUUUAGUCCAGUUGAAAGGGCUUUACAAUCGCCGACAAAUGCAGAAGAAAUUCAACAAGAUGGCUACAGCAACAGCUCACUAAGGUGUUACAAUUCACCACAACAAUCAGUUUAUAAUGAUGUGGAAGAAAAUAGCGAAGUUCAAAAUACUGAUAUUUUGUCUGCAGCAAUUGGCGACUUGUUUGAAAAGGCAGAGUUCUAA